AUGUUGAUAAAAUAAAUUAAAGAAAUUCUACAAUUAAAACGAAACUUUUCAGAAGAUAAAGGAGAUAAUAAUCUAAAACUUAACAACUUUAAUGGUUUCUUAGAUUAACAUUAAAGAUGGGUUAAUGGAUAAAAAAGACUUGAAAAUUGUUUAUAAAGAAUUGCAAGAUUAGAUGAUGGUAAACAAAAGUCUGAUGAAUUUUUUUAUACUGAUUCUACAAAAUAAAUGUAAUAUGAAUUUAGUUUAUUACUUGCAAAAUAAUUACUUAAAUAAAUUACAAAUAUUAUGUUAAAUAAUAAGUUUCAAGAUUACCUUAAUUAUUGUAAAUAAGGUGAUGAUUACUUAUAAUCGCUUUUAGAUAAAUUCUAAUAUAUUCAAAAUUCAGAUUCAAAAUAUUAAGAAUAAGAAAUUGAUACUAGAAAAUAUUUAUUUGAGAUAACAAUCAAAUACUUUAAAUCAAUAAAUAUUGAUUAUUUAAGAAAAAUAGUUAAUUAAUAACGAUCACUUGAAUAUUAUGUAAAUUAAAUAUAAGAAGCUAUUUUAGAACUCUUUUAUGAAGAUUAUAUUCUUAAAUAAUAAACUGAAGAUUAUACUUUUAAAAUAUAAGAAUAGAAAAAAAAAAUAUUAAAUAAUAAUCCAAAAGAUUAAAAUUCACUUAUUACAUAAAAACUUAAAUAAUAAUUACCUGAACCUAAUAAUCAUGAAUUAGGAUAUGAAAAUAAAGAAAUUAAUGUUUUUUGUGCACUUAGCAAUGAUGAAUAAUAUGGAAAAGUUCUUGAAGAAGCACUUUUAUUUGAUUCAUUUUAUUGUGAUAAAUUAUUAACUAAUCAAUCAUAUCAUAAUUAAAAGUAAAGAAAAUUCAAAGUUUAAUCAUAAAAAUAUAGUAAAUAAGAUUUAGAACAUUUUAUAAGUCAUUAUAAAGUAAGCUAACUUAGAAUGACUAAAAAACACAUAGGUGAAUUAAAUAAAACAGAUUAUUCAAAUAGAUAUUAUUAAACUAGAGAAUAAAGAAUUAAAAGUGAAAAUAAUAAAUCUAGAAUAAUUGAAGUAACUGAUAAAAUAAAUAAAAGAAGAAUUAAUACUAUAUAAUAAUUUUUUAAAAAUGAUCCAGAAAUUAAAAGAUAAGAAAAUAAAGAAGUUAUUGAUUUCUUAGUCAAUUAUAAUUAUAAAAAUGUACCAAAAACAUUAUAAAAUUUUAUAAUUCAUUAAAAUUCAAAUGAAGAAAAAGAUAUAUCAUCAGAAUUAUUACAUAAAUUAUUUUUUAAAUACUCUAAUAAAUAUGAAGAAGAUUCAAGUUAAACAUUUUAAUUUAUGAAUGCAUAAAAUUUCAUUUCUUUAUGUAAAGAUUUAAAAACAUAAAUAAGUAGUGAUGAAGGACUUAGAAUAUUUCAUAAAUGUUUAGAAGAUUAAUCAUUUUUUUUAGAUAAAGGUUUGACUUAUUCAUUUUUUCUUGAUGCUAUUAGAAAUCUGGCUUCAAUUACAAAUGAGAUUGAUACUAAUAAUCCAGAAUUUUAAAGAGAUGCUAAUUAAGUGAGAUUUAGAUUUAGCAAAAAGGAAAUUGAAUAAAAUUCAGAUCCCCAAUAAAAAAUUAAUAAGUAAUUUUAUAUAUUUAUAUGUUAGAUUCUUAUAAAUUUAUAUAUUUCCAAAUAAAACAUUCAUUUAUGAAUCUAUUGAUCUACAAUUAUAAAAUUGUUAAUAUUAUACAGAUUUUCUAGAAGCCUUUAAUCCAUUAAUUGCAGAAUUUUUUUAAAAUUCUAAGAAUGAAUAAUCAUAAUUUAUUAAUUUUGAUGAUGUAGUUAAAGUUUUUAUGAAAAUCAAAUUAUGUCCAUCUAAAAUUACUAAAGCUACUCUUAGAUAUUAUUUUUAUUAUAAUUAAAUUGAAGAUGAAGGACUUAAUUUAUAAUAAUUUCAUAAUUUCUUAAAUUUACUAGCUUUACAAUAAAAUAGAAAGAUCAUAAGCAGCAAAGAAACUUCAAAUGUUAUUUAAUAUUAUACAUAUAUUUUUGAAUAAAAAAAUGGUAUAUCUAAUGAUACCAUAGCUUUAUAUAAAAAAAUAAUGAUGUUUUAUAUUCAUAGAGAUUAUUUGAGAUUGCUCAGAUUAACUAAAUUAGCUGAGUUCUCAGUAGAAAGAAGAGAAUCAUAUUAAGAUUUUUGA